AGUUGUGUGUGUUUUCUUCAACUUCUUUCACUUCUUAUUUGUCAAAAAAAAUCUACCUCACAAAUCAAUCAAAACUUCCUUCUUUCUUCCCCAAUUCCUCCAUUUUUUUGCUUACAUUCACACAAAUACACUCCAAAGUUUGUUCAAUUUGGUUAUAUAUAUACAUAUAUACGUAUAGUAGAGACCCAGUUCGCACGUUAAGAUCUGCAUCUAAAACGCGUCACUUUCAUUUCUCCUUACUUCUCAACUGGUGGGAAGAGCAAAUAAAAGAUUUGGAAAUUUUGAUGUAGAAGUGUGAAUGCUUCUAUUUGCUGCUUGGAGGGUAAAACUUGUUUCUGGCAGCAAAAAAUAAAGGCAAAUGGCUCCUUCAAGCAAGGCUAAUAAGAAGGCUGCAGGUGAUGUGGCUGCAUGGAUGUUCAAUGUGGUCACUUCAGUUGGAAUCAUUAUUGUUAACAAAGCCUUAAUGGCUAACUAUGGGUUUUUCUUUGCAACAACAUUAACGGGGAUGCAUUUUGUUACAACAACUUUGAUGACGAUUGUUCUAAGGUGGCUCGGGAUCAUCCAAGCUUCUCACUUACCCCUUCUAGAUCUUCUAAAAUUUGUACUGUGUGCAAACUUCUCUAUUGUUGGGAUGAACAUCAGUUUGAUGUGGAACUCGGUGGGAUUCUACCAGAUUGCAAAGUUGAGUAUGAUCCCUGUCUCCUGCUUACUAGAAGUUUCCUUUGACAAGAUCCGCUAUUCAAGGGAUACAAAGCUGAGCAUUGUUGUGGUACUCCUAGGGGUUGCUGUAUGUACAGUUACGGACGUGAGUGUUAAUACCAAAGGCUUCAUUGCUGCCUUUGUAGCUGUAUGGAGCACUGCUCUACAACAGUAUUAUGUUCAUUACCUUCAAAGGAAAUACUCCCUUAGUUCUUUCAAUUUGCUGGGACAUACUGCACCAGUUCAGGCUGGAAGUCUGCUGCUAUUAGGUCCGCUUGUGGAUUAUUGGUUGACCAACAAGAGGAUUGAUCACUUUGACUUCACAUUUUCAUCAUCGGCAUUCAUCAUUCUUUCAUGCACUAUAGCAAUAGGCACCAAUCUCAGCCAGUUCAUAUGCAUUGGAAGAUUCACUGCUGUUUCAUUCCAAGUUAUCGGUCAUAUGAAAACAAUACUCGUUUUGGUACUGGGAUUCUUGUUCUUUGGGAAAGAAGGUCUCAACAUACAAGUGGUAGUUGGCAUGCUCAUAGCAGUUUGCGGAAUGAUCUGGUAUGGAAAUGCCUCAUCUAAACCUGGUGGGAAAGAGCGUCGUAGCCAUUCAAUCAAGCAUGGAUCAGAUUCGUCACAAGCCGAUGAUAAGGUGUAAGAUUUUCUAGCAUUGAAGCUGAAACAGAAAAGAUAAGCAAAAAAACAAAAAAACAGAACCUUUUAUAGUCAGCUGACUCUACAUACACAGCUCCUUCGAUCGAAUUAGAUUUUUCUUUAUCUUAUAAUUCAUCUUUUUGAUAAUAUAACAUUAGUAAGAAAAGAUUGAGACUUGGGUAUAGAGCUUGGUUUCUUUCGUUCUCCUUUUCUAUUUGAUCAAUAAUUUAUAGUGAGUGAUGAGUUUUUUCUCUCUCAAGGAACUAUUGGUCGACAUUAAAGGUGUGUUUGGUUGGAAGAAAAAUAUUUUUUCAUGA